AUGACUCUAACUGAAGCUGAAGCUCCUAGAGCCACAACUAAUAAAGUUGAGGUCCUUGAUGAAAAUCCAACUUCCCAUGAAGCUUCUGAAGCUGAGGUUGUUGAUGAAACCGUCGGAGCUGAUGCUGAAGCUCAUGACGAAGACCAUAUUGUCCCCCCUGCAGUUGACGCUUGUGAUAAGGAAGAUGAUGAUGAACACGAUGACGAUGAAGAUGAUAAUUCUACCACCCUUCAUGAUGCUGGAAGGGAUCUUGGGGAGAAAGAGAAAGAAAAACAGAAGGGUACUUCUGAGAAGAACCAAAACACCAAAUCGAAAGACAAAGGUGUUGUUGAAAAAGGAGAUCUAAUGUACUCUUCAAACCUGUUGAGCCUUUAA